AUGGACGGUGGUGCCGAGGCCGUCGACGUGAGCUGGCUCCAUCAUUCGCAGCGGGCUGAUAAUGCCGGUCGAGGCAAAAAUGCACCUUCAAGGCCUGCUCAGAAACCAAAUGAACAGCAAUUCGUGGACGACGGCAGCUCUCCCCAUAAUGACGCCACUGACAGUGCUACAAACGGACAUACUCCGUCCUCAACCACGAAGCCAGUGCUGGCGUCUUCAUUGUCAAAACCAUUACCAUCACUCUCAGGAAACACCGAGAACGAGCCUGCCAAACAAUCGCUCUCUCCACCAAGCCAGGGCCAGAGCCAAAACCAGGAGCAGACACCAGCUCAAAGUGCCAGUUCAAGCGCACCUGCACUCGCAGGUUCAAAUCCAACUACGGCCGCCAGUACAAAUACGCCUGUUAAACCAACACCGCCAAAGCCUGUGCCUCGGCGCAAUUCCUGGAUUUCUACUCUAAGCUCCAAGUUUACUUCCGGCUCUACUCCUCCGUCGCAAAACCAUAUGAGAGAAUCGCCGUCGAAUAACAGCAGACAGCAGCAGGCUUCAGAUACAAUAAACCCAUUUGGUGCUGCCUUCUCGCCGAAAGAUGCUGAUAAAUCGGCAGAAAGUUCUAGCUCCUUUACCAGUGGCUCACCGAAGAGCGGACACCCUUCCUUCUUCCAUACCGCGUUCCGAAAACUAUCAUCGUCAGGAGGCGCCGGACUAGGUAAGCUGGCGUCAAGCCACGCUCCCAAUGGCGGAGUGUGGCCAAGGCGUGUUAUGAAUAUCGAUGCGGAUCGGGACAGAUGCAAGAUUCCGGAACUCAACCAAGCAAAGCUGCGACGCGUGGCGUUUUGUGUGGAUGUAGAGAUUGCAGGGACUGCCAGGAGGUCAGAAGGAGACGACGAGAGGAGUACGAAGAAGAAACUCGAUCCCAAAACAGCGGAGGCGGAAGAAGGGUCAACAUUGAAGAGUGCCAUGGGCCAUGCGCCGCCACCAACUUCCUCACCACCUUUGGAUACCCCUGCCGUCAAUGACACAACGCAAGCCGCCGAGUCUCCUCCGGAUGACGAGAUAUCUAAGCCAGCUCCCACAAAGAAGCAGGAGAAGAAGAAGCGUUCAGAAGAAGAACGGAAGGAGCGGAAAGAGAAGAAGAGACGGCAGGCAGAAGAAAAUGGUUCUGUGCCCUUACAAGUCAAUCUAGAGGGCGGAAGUAGUAAUACUUCCAAGACAAGCUCUGUCCGUCGAUCAUCGCGCGGUCAAGAUCAGCCUACAACAGACCCUCUACGGAUAUAUCGACGAUGCUGUCAGCUUCGGGAAACUGGCGUGCUAAAAAAGUUGGUCGAACAGAUUUCUUCGCCGUCCUCGAUUUUGGCGGAGUCCCCUGGCACCGUUGCCGUCCUGGACUUGACUGGUUUCCCCAUGACUCUUACUGAUAUUAUUACUUUCAGCGAUUGGCUUGCUAUCGUCCCCGUUCGGAAACUGAUAUUACAAGACUGCGGCCUCUCUGACGAAGCAGUCAGAGUUAUACUUGGCGGGUUACUGGCUACCAAGACUAUUGAAGCUGCAAAACAGGCAAGGCAGCUAAAACACCGACAUACCGAUCACGCAUUAGCGAAAGAAACCCGGUAUGGGGCUAUAGAGAAGCUGUCAUUAAAAGGAAAUUCAAAAAUUGGCCCCGAAGGAUGGCGACACAUCAGCCUUUUCAUACACAUGUCCCGCUCACUCAAAGGUAUUGAUCUGUCUGGAAUACCGUUCCCUCGUCCAACUCCACCCACCAAUAGCCCAUUGUCUUCUAUAAGUCGGUCCUCCAAACCUAUGCCCGAUAUUGGAACAAUAUUUUCAAAUGCACUAGCCCAGCGAUUCGGAGGUGAAAAACUUGAAGAGCUUGUCCUCAGCGAAUGUUCACCAUCAACCGACGACGUGCAAAAGAUAUGUGAAGCAGCUAGGACUGUCGGGCUACGGCGACUUGGCCUAGCUAAUAAUGAACUCACCAAGGAGGGACUCGAAUAUGUUAUCAACUACUUCCAGGGUGGUAAAUGCGAGGGACUUGAUUUGGGCGGUAACAAGCUAGAAGCCCACAUUGGUCUUUUCUCAUCUGCUAUUGAGAAGUCAUUCCCUCUCACUGCCCUAAGCUUGGCGGACUGUUCCUUGACACCUAAAACGCUAUGUUCACUUAUGCAGGGGUUGCACUUGCUGCCUAACUUUCGCUUCAUCGACUUGUCUCACAACAGGGAGUUGUUCAUCACCCAGCCGGACUCCUUGGGGACUCUACGGAGGUACCUCCCACAGAUGCAGGAACUGAGACGAAUACAUCUCGCGGACGUCUGUUUGGGGCCAGAGCAUGCUAUUGCCCUUGCUGAGAUUCUGCCCGACUGCCCUAAACUCUGUCAUAUCAAUAUCCUUGAGAACCCGGCCAUUCAGGAAUUGGCUUCUGCAAAUACACCCGAAGCUCAGGAAGAAGCUUGCGCUUUGUACGCGUCAUUUAUGUCAGCGGCCCGCAUAUCGCGGAAUAUUAUUGCUAUUGAUAUUGACGUCCCCACACCAGAGAAUAACGAGGUCGUCAAGGCACUUGCUUCCCAGAUAGUCGCAUAUUCACUCCGCAACCUCCAGUAUGGAGAGCUGAAAGAGGAGCUAUCUUCGUCUAUCGAUUCCCAGCCCGCCGUUAGGGAUGUUCCUGUUCCUGAUAUCCUAGAGCAUUUGGUUGGCCAUGCUGACGAUACAAAUGAGGACAUCGAUGAUUCAAAAGUCACAUCUGAUUACGACUAUGUUAUUGGUGGCACGGGAGUUGUCAAGGCCUUGGGAAUUUGCCUGGGUAAUUCUGAUUAUACCCCGGUAGAGGACGCGGUUGGGGAGCAAUCCCCCACCGCAAGCGGUACCUCCACACCAUAUCGUCGCCUCAGCCAGGUUCGCGUGACCAAGAAACCUCGCGAUAUGUCGAGGGAUCUUCUCAACUCUGCGAGGAAGAUCCGACUACGGCUACGGCCUGCUUUGGUCCGUGAGGACCGGGCAGGCAAUGACCUAAACUACCGCCGACUCCACUUCCUUGACAUGACACUGCAACGAAUGAUCCAGCGUUUUGAGGACGAGUUCCCGGAUACCCGCAUCCCCGAUGAGACCUCAACCCGCUCGAGUGAAGGAUCUCCCAACCUCUCUAAUAUCAAUGACUCCUCUAUCCUUGAACCACCUGAUUUAUCGACCAACGGCAACGCAACCGCUGAAGCUGAUGGCGAAGACGAGGAUGUAGAUCGAUACGCCGUUCGUCUCUCGCGGGCAAGCUCGAAUACUUCUCUUCAUUCCCGUGCGCUGACCUCUGAAGAAGGCAAAGUGCAUCGUCUUAGCCAUCAUUUCAGCCAUACCCUACUCAACCGUCAGGAGAGUGACAACAGCAAAAAAUCGGAUCAGGAGCAGGAGUCUCCCGAAAAGCCAAUCUCCCAGUCACCCCCUGACGCCGUCCAGGUCCAAGCUCUACGUGAAAAGCUGGAACGACUACAUGCUCUCCAGGGAGGGGAUGCCCAUGCACACCCUCACAGUGAAGGCCUAUCUUCGCCUCCUCAUACUAUACUUCCGGACGGUCCAUCGAAUCUAGAGGAACUGCUAGCCCUGCAGAAACAAGACCCUGAAGCGUUUGCGGAGCUUAAGGAGAACCAUAUCGUUGCACUUAUCAAUGCUGGCCUGAGAAAUCCGGACAGUGCAUGA